AUGCCUACGUGCAACAGGUGCACCAAGUUCUUUAAUCAGCUGCAGUUUGGCUGGUGCUUUGAAUGUCUCGGGUCCCAUGUGGCUAUUAAUCCAGAGAAUCGACCCAACAACUUUCAUGCUCCUCCUUCCAACAUAUACAAUGUUGUGCCACCCGCUCCGCCAUGGACUCCUUCCCAGCCAGUUCCAUCCACUCAGGCCUCAUCACAAGUGUUGCAAGUACCAAUCCACGCAUCACAGCCCAUAUCGCACCCUGCUGCUCUAGUUGCACCAACCCCUCCCAAUCCUGCAUGCGCGGGAUCCAAUGCCUAUUUCCGGGGUGCUGUAAAAGAAAAGCGUCGCAAGAAUGCGGCACCUACACCCUAUGCUAGAAAGAGCAAGGCAACAUCGCAGGCCAGUACUGAAGAAGAGCAUACCCUCAACAUUGAUUCACCGAACUUGUAUGAAGAUCUUCAACGGCGCCUAUGGGAUUUGUUAUCCCCCGAGCUCUUGAGUAGACAGCUGGUUGAAAUGCUUCCCGAGAAUCCACUCCAGUACACCUCUUUGAGCCAUAACCAAAAUGUGCUUGACCUUCCAACCCUCUUACUACUGGUGAAAAAGUCGACGGUGAAGAGACCAGCUCAUAUCGAUCUCACUUAUGAAGACCCCACCGAUGAACUUCCAACUAGUAUCAAUACAAGUACUUCAACCUCUAGAACUACCCGGAUCACUCGUACACGUGCAACUCCUCACAAUCCAAAAGAUCUAGCUUCUGUGAAUCUGACUUCGGUAGCCAGCAACGACACAUGGGCACUAGGUGGUACUGCAGGAACUAUCCUGGCCCGUGGAGAUGCAAGCCUAUCCACCCACUUGAAUUACCUUGGAAAACCCCUCGCCGCAUCCAUCAACAUCAACCCCGAGGGUUGGGUUGUUGCCCAAAGGUUGAAUUUCAACCGUAGUGACAGCAAUUAUGUAAGGAAUCGGGCAUCUCAUGUCUACCAGUACCUUCAAGCAACUACAGUUCCAAUCACGAUCAAAGUCGACAAAUCCUCACUGGUCGGCCAGGGUAGCAUGCGCAAAGCCUAUUCAGCCCAAGUUAGGACCGAGGCUCAGCAUGGACAACAACGUAUCACUAAUUGGGUAGCUAAAGUUCGAUAUCAUGACACUAUUCCUGAUUUGAGGAAACAUGCGACAGAUGCUCGAAUGUACGAGGCCUGUGGACACCUACUUCGAGCUUACCAAGAAGCAAUCAAGAAUUCCAAUAGUUCACUGCUCACUUCAGUCCUUCGAAAGAAGGCCAAUGCUUUUGAACUUGUUCGACACUGCAUUGUAUUUGUGGGCGAGGAAAGCUUCCCCUCAGAAGUAUAUUUCUUAGAGGCCGCUCUCUCCGGCAGCUAUGUGAAGUACUCAAGCAAUGUGAACUUUGCAGUCACAUCCAAUCAACCUGGAUUGGACAUCGAUAACUUAAUGCUCAUGUCAGCGUUUACACACUGGUCAUAUGUAAACUCCAAAGGGAAUAGUCUUAUAUGUGAUCUUCAAGGUGCUGGUUCGAUCAUCACUGAUCCUCAAAUACUGGAUCGAGAUAAUGGCCGUUGGGCCGAUGGUAACAAUGCCUCAGAAGGCAUCAAACAAUUUGUCGACAAUCACCGAUGCAACAAGGUUUGUGAGGCCUUAAAAUUUCAGCCUCCAGAUCAACUGGUUCCAGUCUCAAGCAGCCAAACCGAAAUCAGGAACUCGGCAACUCAACUCCGGACUGUCAUGAGGCCUGGACCAGCUCGGUUGGCUUCAGUCCCUAAUAGAUCCUUACCUCACCGAGCGUCCUUAGCAGAUUUAUUACAUUCUGACAAUACCCGUCCCACCGGUGAUUUUUUCAACUCUCAGGUAAGGGAGGAUGAAGAUGUAAAUGAACCCCUUCCCGAGGUGCAUACGUUUUUACCACCCAUGAAUCGCCCUAGAGCAGACAAUUACACCCAGAAUACAUGCACCAGUUAG